AUGAACUUGGCACGCAGCCCGAGGGCCUGGCCGGGACAGCUGAAGAAGCUCGGCGGUUGGCUGCUCCCGCCUCCACCAAAGUCCGAGGAUGGGCGUGACCAGUGGCCGUCAAGGGCGGCUUUCCUCCUCGCUGCCAUGGGUGGCUGCGCCGGCCAGGGCAACCUGCUGCGAUACCCCUCGGUGGUCUACAACAACCAUGGGCUGCAGUGGUUCAUCCCCUAUCUCAUCGCCGUCUUCCUGAUUGCCAUCCCGGCCCUCAUCCUGGAGGUCUCUAUCGGCCAGGCUUACCGGGGUGGGACGGUCGUCGCCUUCAACAACGUCAACAGGAGGCUGAAGGGCGUCGGGAUGGGGCCCGUCUUUGUCAGCUUCAUCGUGGUGCAGUACUUCACCGUCAACCUGGCCUGGAUCAUGACUUACUUCCGGCACUCUUUCACGAGCCCCCUGCCGUGGGAGGGCCAGGUCCAAGAAUUCUACAUGGGCACGGUCAUCGACAAUCCGGACCCCGUCCCCGGCAGUCUGACGGCCGGGAAUGCCGAAGUAUCGGCGUACACCAACUACACCGACGUGCGUGUACUGGGUGAGACGGUAGGCUGGAGCGCCUUCGUCUGGUUCCUGAUUUGGGUUUCCAUCUUCCGCGGCGUCGGAAUGACGGGCCGCGUCGUGUAUUUCACCAUGGGCCUGCCCAUCGUCACCACCAUCAUCUUUGUCGGCCGCGCCGUCUCUCUGCCUAAUGCAGGUGCUGGAAUCAGGCUUCUGUGGGCUACGUGGAGGGGGGACCAGCUGGCCUCGGGCACAGUCUGGCAGACCGCUGUCGGCCAGGUCUUCUUCUCCACCGGUAUAGGCUUUGGCUACUUUACCUCGUACGCCUCGUACAACGCCAAGUAUUCUAACGCAGUGAUGGAUGCCAUCCUGAUCUGCAGCAGCAACGUCCUCUUCGAGAACGUCGCCGCCUUUGCCAUCUUUGGCGUGGUCGGCUUCCUAGAGCUCUGGCCCGAGCCAGGCCAGCGACUGGGCGCCUUUGUGGUCGGCUUCUUGACGCUACCAGAGGCUGUCAUCCAGAUGCCCGGGGCAAACUUCUGGGCUGUCCUGCUCUUCUUCACCCUUAUAGUCCUUGGCUUCAGUUCGGCGUUUGUCAUGCUGGACGUCGUGGCGACGCUCAUUACUGACUCGGGGCUGACAAAGGCGUCGAGGCCCGUCAUCGUCACCGCAUUGACACUACUCUCGUUCCUCAUGUGCUUGCCCUACUGCACACAGUUUGGCUUCUAUCUACUCGACGGCAUAGACCGGUGGGUCAACAAUGUCGCAUUGAUCUUUGUGGUCUGGUCGGAAGUCGUCAGCUCGACGACUGUGUACCGCUGGGGAGAUGUCGUGAGCCAGACGGGCCUGCCUGCUUUCAUCAUCUACAACGUGGGAUACAUUGGAGGGCAGAUUGUCGGCGUUUCUGUCGCGCACGGCAGCGGUGUUCCGGCGGCCGGGGCCGGGGCCGGCUUUGGCCUCUAUAUUGUGUGCUCCCUGGUGGCAGUGUCCAUCGCCAAGACUCCAGACUCCGCCGCCGCCCGAUUCUGGAAGGCUAAUAAGUGGACUAGCCGGCUCUGGUACCUGGCAUUCUAUUCGGGCAACCAGCUCCGACGUGACCUCAACAUGGUGGUCGGGCGCGGCAGGAAUUGGAGGAUACCGACCUUCUGGCCAGUUCUGCUGCGAUACAUCAGCGGCCCAGUACUGUCCAUCAUAUUCAGCUUUGCAUACCCGGAAUUCUACACCCUACGAUACGACCCCAUGAUGAUUGCCGGCUUCAUCCUGGCUCAUCUCGGGCUACUGCUUAUCCUGCUGGGCUUCGUGAUGCCCAGGUAUUACGAUGUAUUCAUACCUGUGGAUCGAAGAGACGAAGAGUUGAGAAAGACGCAAGCAAACCAGCCGGUGGAAGACACGCCGGAGGAAACGAUCGCCAGCGGCGGCAUGAACAAAGAGACAACUGGUGUCUAA